AUGGUUAGUAGUUCCGAAUCAACAGAUGGCCAUCAUUUGAAGAAGUUAAUUCUGAAAUUGAGCGGUCAGCCUGACUCAUAUUCGAGGAAAUCUAAGUAUACUUUUGGAAGAACUUUGGGUGCUGGCUCUUUUGGAAUAGUUAGACAUGCUAGGGACAAUGUCACUGGUGAAGAAGUAGCAGUAAAGAUUAUUUUGAAGAGGGCUCUUAAAGGUCACGAGGAUUCUGUUAUUGAAGAAUUAAAUUUCCUAAGAGCUUUACACCAUCCCCAUAUAGUUGGAUUUAGAGAUUGGUUUGAAUCAAAGGAUAAAUUUUACCUUGUCACUCAAUUGGCCACUGGUGGUGAAUUAUUUGAUAGAAUUGUAAGUAAAGGUAGGUUUACAGAACAUGAUGCAUCAUUGGUUAUUGUUCAGGUGUUGGAAGCGUUAGAUUAUUUGCAUGACAGAGAUAUUGUGCAUCGUGAUUUAAAGCCUGAGAAUAUCCUUUAUUUGAACUCAAAAGAAGACUCUGGGAUAGUUCUAGCGGAUUUUGGUAUUGCAAAGAAACUAGAAUCACUGGAUGAGAAAUUGACGUCUUCGGCGGGGUCCUUUGGCUAUGCCGCCCCAGAAGUAAUCUUGGGAACUGGUCACGGUAAGCCCUGUGAUAUUUGGUCCUUGGGUGUCAUAACAUAUACAGUUCUAUGUGGAUAUUCUCCUUUUCAUUCAGAAAAUGUGGAUGAUUUUAUUGACGAAGUAAAAGACAAUAAUGCAGUUAUCUUCCAUGCUGAAUAUUGGAAAGAUGUAUCGAAAGAUGCACGUCGCUUCAUAAUCAAGGCUUUACAAUUUGACCCCGAAAAAAGACCUACGGCGAAACAACUAUUAGAAGAUCCUUGGCUAGUCUCAGUUGCCGCAGAGCAUAGAGAAGCAGAUUUGUUACCAAACUUGAAGCACGGCUUUGACGCGAAGGUCAAAUUUAGGCAAGCUAUUCAGCUAGUUAAAUUGAAUAACAGAAUCAAAAAAUUGAAGAAGCUUCAAACUGAAGAGGAUGAUGAUCCUAAUGAAAUUAACUUAUUUGAUGAUGAGGGUGAGGUUGAAAACGAAGUUCAAUCGAGCCCUUUAACAUCUUGGAAGAAGUUUGGUGAUGCUCUUGACUCACUGCAGAGGAACUCAUCUCAGUCAAGUGACUCACAGGAUAAAUCUACGUUAACGAGUGAUGCCUUCGUCCAAUUGGUCCAUGCUGCGUCUGAAAAUAAGCACAGAGUGAGUCAAUAUAAGGAAUCUUGA